UGGCGGACAGAAGAACACACGACUGCCUCUCAGAGAAAAUUAGCUUUAAAAAGAACUGUUUUCCUUUUCUUUUCUCUUUCUUUUUAACUCUGUGCAGUGAGAUGUGUGCGCGCUCCGAAAGAGAAUAUGACAUCGUGCCAAGGAACCCUGCCAGAGACCACGUGAUCGAUGGCGUGUUGGCAACAGUCGCUGCAUCUCCAAAUGAACUGGCGGAGCAGUUUGUGCAGCAACAAAAGCUUUUAUCCGCUGCAUUAGGAGGAGCAGAACAAGGCAGCUGUAAUUGAGUAACAGAUGUGGCAUGAAUGGUAUCAAUCUGCAAGACACUUGCACAACUCAAUGCAAUCAACAGAUAGCAAUGGCUGCUGUUGAGAACACCAGUGUUUUCCCCGCGGCAGGUCGCUGUACCAACUGCAGCUCCUCUGCCCACCCAGGGAUGGAUGUAGCCAAGGCGGUGGUUUUGGGGGUGGUGCUGGUGGUGUUUGUUGUGUUCGGGGUCCUUGGCAACAUCCUGGUCAUCCUGUCAGUGUUGCUCCAUCACCACUGGCGCUCCGUGACUCAUUACUUCAUUGCCAACCUGGCUGCGGCGGACCUGCUGCUCAGCUCCGCCGUCCUGCCCUUCUCCGCCACCUCGGAAGCUCUCGGCAGAUGGGUGUUUGGCCGGUCCUUCUGCAGCGUCUGGGCCGCUCUGGACGUCCUAUGCUGCACUGCCUCCAUCCUCAGCCUGUGUGUGAUCUCCAUCGACCGCUACCUGGCUGUCAGCUACCCUCUGCGCUACCCUGCCAUGGCGACGGGGCGGCGAGGCCUGACCGCGGUGGUGGCGCUCUGGGUACUCUCGGCAGCCAUAUCCGUAGGCCCCCUGUUUGGCUGGAGGGAGCCCGACCCAGAAGACGAGACGUUGUGCAGCAUCACGGAGGAGCCCGGCUACGCUUUGUUCUCAGCACUGGGGUCCUUCUACAUACCUCUGGCCAUCAUCCUGGCCAUGUACUGCCGCGUGUAUACUGUGGCGAAGAGAGAGACGAAGACGCUCAGGAAGAGCAGUGAGGGAAAAGGCGUUGAGACUGAGGGGGUGAUGCUGAGGGUACACAGAGGGAACGCUGCUCCGACAGGGAAGCCCGAGGGGGGCGACGAGGGGGCCGCGACACAUAAACGCACCACCUUUUCGCUGCCGAGGCUGCUGAAGUUUUCAAGAGAAGAGAAGGCAGCCAAGACUCUUGGCAUUGUUGUCGGGUGCUUCAUUCUGUGCUGGCUCCCAUUUUUCCUGGUGUUACCCAUCGGAUCGAUCUUCCCGUCCUGUAAGCCUUCUGAAACCAUCUUUAAGAUAACCUUCUGGCUGGGAUACCUCAACAGCUGCAUCAACCCCAUUAUCUACCCAUGCUUCAGCCGGGAGUUCAAAAAGGCCUUCCACAAUGUGCUCCGUGGACGCUGCCUGAGAACUGGGGUGCUGGCUGCCAAACCACAAGGACACAUCGCCACCCACUCCUCCAGUCCUGGUCGCACGUCCAAUACCUCUGAUGUCUCAGCCCAAAACCGCGUCACUGCUUCCUCGUGGGGUUGCUGCGGGCCGCUGUCGUCCUCCUCGUCAUCGGUCUGUGGUCCGGAUCAGGCUCAAAUCCAGAGUAAGAGUCUGCUGAAGGCGUGGUGUCUCUCGGCAAGUGGAACAUCAGUACCGGAGAACCCCUCCGGUCUCAGAUCGGCCAAGGUCUUGCGCCUUUCUCUCGCCGUUACAGGAGAGGCUGUUUGAUCGGCAUCGACGGUGGAAUUUUAAAGCAUCCAGCCUUGUGCUUCGUGGAAACUCUUGCGUAACAACUUUUGCAUGCAUAUAUAAAUCCCUCAAAGGCAUCAGAGUGCAGCGCCAGCGGGCAGUGAGACUUGCCUCCAGAGCGGGCAGACGAUUACUCUGUUGCCUACAGGCUUUAUGCCAGUGUAAAUGCCUGAAGUGUCAAAAAAAUAUGAGUUGGGAAAGUGAAUGAGGAAUAUUUUACCUACACUCAACAGCCAGCACUCAGCUGCACUUGAAUAGACACCGAGCACUACGUGUCAACGUGUUCAAUAGGAGCUACUUAGUGAUCAACAGGAAGAACACUGUGGAGUUUGAGCGCACGGCAUGUGACUUUUGCAAUAUAUUAUAACCGCCUUUGGUUAAAAGGUGCAUUAGGUGGAAGUAUGGACACACGGAUUGUAGGAAUCUCUAUCUACACUUGAAAGGGAAUAAAACAGAUAACAGAAUCUCAUUGAAAUGGCAUUGUAAAAGAACUCCAGAGAUCUGAUUUCUGAGAUCUGACAUUAGUGGUAUUUCUGCAGAUUGCACAAAAGCCCUGAAGGGCGAGAUACUCUUAAAUCCCGGAACAAUUAGCACUCACUGACAGCUCUGAGAAAGUGGAAUCUGGUAUAAGAGUGGCUGUUUUACACGUGUGCGCAGGUAUCUGAUUUUAAAAUAACUGUCACGGAUUGUUUUUUAAAGAGAACAGUUAGAAAUGGUUGGAGGGAAGAGAUAUCAGUUGUUAUGUGGCUGUGGGAUAAAUAACAAUAUAGUGCAGUCUCAAACAAACAAAACCCCUCUGAAGCUUUCAAUGGACAGGUUUUUGUUUUUGUUGAGGCUGCAUCAAAGACGUGUUGAAUCGACUUAAUAUUUGACAUGGUAGCUUGUGGUGCUGUUGAAUAAAUGAACAGGUGUCAGAUGGUUUUCUCUAUUUUUGAAUACUGCUGUCCUGUCGGUGCAUUUCUCUGGAGUUGUAUUUUCCCCGUGCAAACACGGGAAAGUACUGUAUCAUUUUCUGGUGUUUAAAACUGGUUCAUGAGUAAUUCAGUAGUUAAACUUUAAACUAAAUGAUAUUCACUGUACUGCGAUGAAACACAUACGUACUAUCGUUUCAACUUUUUCAGUAACCACUGUGUUGCAUUACAGCACAGCACAAGCCUGUUCUCUCCUUUCUUUGGACUGGAAAUCAAGCUAUCAGCACAUUACAACAUCCGGUGAAUCCGUGUUGAUGAUUAUCUAGCAUUAGCAAUGUGCUUUCCUGCGCGGUGACAAGAGUGUGUAGAUGAAGCACUCGCUUUUUUUGAUUUUACUCAUUUAGCGGCUGCCUAGUUAGCUUGCUAACGUUAGCCUGCUAAUUCCACCAUGUUUUAAUGCUAAAUUGGUAACAGAAAAUAAACAGAACAGCGAGUUGGUGGUUCCCUGCUACCCGCCACUAGGGGACUACAGCUGGCACUCGCUCUCCUGCCGGCAAAGUAGGCUUCCAGCAGCGGGUGUAAUUCAGUAAAUCCAUCAAAUUCAGUGCCUGUUUGUUGACGCUGCGUCGAGGCUUUCGUCAUAAAGAAGUGGGUCUUAGCCCCUUGCCAAAAUGAUGCAGUGGGUGGACUUAGGCUCAAACCUAAAAGAGGCCAAAAACCACUGAGGCGUUGCAGAGUUGGUGGGUUCAUCAUACGAGUGACCCCUUCCACAUUAUACAUUCUGAAUUAUUGUCGAUUUAUAAAAUGUUGAUAAAUGGAUCUUUAAAUCUUGCUUGUACGCUCGUAUCCGAGGCCAGCAAUAAAUUUGCACCUGUGGCCUUGUGAUGGAAGGACAUUGCUGCGAGGUUGUUGGCAUUCGGUUCACAUCAUGAAAGGGUAGGUUAAUUAAUUUGAAUAAACCAAAUCACUGCUGCAAUAGAGGCUAUAAAAAUAAAUCACGACAACCUUUAAUAAAAGGGUGUAUGAGUAUCAUGACACAGGAAGCCCUUCAUCAACAAUGAAGACUCCCAAUGAAUUUAAAUCUCUCUGAGAGACCAUUAUUGCGAGGCGAUUGUAUAGGAUUGCAUCAUACUUUGUGCAUGUCUCUGGUGUUUCAGCCCACCUUGUCUUUGUUGGAAUUUCAUCAAUUAACAAAAAAAAGCCCACUAUAUCACACAGAUUCAUAAACAAACAUUGUGUGGUCCAGUGUCCAGACAACGUGAGCGUUUCAUGAAGAAACAUGUCAUGAAAAUUGAUUAAUAGCUUUAAAAAGAAACAUAUUCAGGUUGUCUGAUCUGCUUUAAGAAGUUGUCACACAUUUUGUUCUUCGCUAUAAAUCCUUUGCCUCCUCCCAUUACAGAGCUGUUGUUCUCUGCUGUGCUUUGAUUAAAGGCAUUUCUUUUGUACCCUCCAGAUAUCAUAUCAGUGAUGAAAGCCUGAGAAUGCUUAUCUGGGAAAUGCAGGGUGUUGAAAAGGGUUUCUAUAAGAUGGAUGAUUUUGUCAUUUCACAAUCACCUGAGGUAAGGUCGGAAGAAGAGUAACCUUCAUUCUGCAUUGUUGUAACAUUAUGGCAUUGUGCAACCGUUCAGGAGGAUACCGCCUCUGUUUAAACUCUUGUAAACUCCCACACUUUACAUGACUGUAACUGUCUCGGACAACUAAUAAACAUGCAGCUCUCAUUUUCUGACAUUAUGCGGCCAGGGACUCAAUGUUACACUGCAUUAAGCGACAAGUACAGCAGAAAGAGAUGCUUUGACUUUUCAUUAGAAAGGCCUGGCUGAAUAAAUAUAUUAGUAAAUACAAUGACAUUUCACGCUUGGAAUUAUAACGCAUUUUUUAUACAUUACUUAAAAUCCGUUUCAGUCUGAAAGUAUAAACAUGGAAAAUGAAUUUUCCUCAUGUUUGAAUGUCAAAGCAACAUAACACAAUUCAUCCUCGCCUUUUUUUUCUGUUUGGCUGAAAUUCACAGCAUUGCACAGCAGACGCUGCCUUCAAAGAGAAAAGCUUAGAAAAAAUAAUGAUGCAUGAGGGGAUGACAGUACUACAGGGACACUAGUAGAUGGAGAUUCAUCAAGAACCAUCUACCCCUCUUGUGAGAACAGUGACAUUGUGAGGACUCAUCUUAUUCAGGGGGACAAAUUGGGAACAAUCGCACAUCCCCAUAAUGUAAAUCGUUUUAGAGAGUGAAGACAUGGUUAACGGUUAGGGUCCAGCUAAAUUUAGGGUAAGAUUAGACUGUGGGUGAGGAUUAGGCUGGUAGUGGCUAGACAUUUAAGGUAAUUCCAUGAAGUUAAUGUAAGGCCCGAUCCCAAUGUCCCCCCCCUAAGGCCUUAAACCCUGAACCCUCAGGGACUUACUGACUUCACAUCAAAAAAUAUAAUGUACAAUUGUGGGUACAUUUUUUUUUUUUUA